AUGCAUUCUCAAAUUCCUGACCGGUCCAUCAGAAUCUGUGCGGAUCGAGGAGGCACGUUCUGCGAUGUUCACGCCUCCUACCCUGAUCCUGAGAAUCCGAACGAACGGAAAGACAUUGUAGUCAAACUGCUGUCACAGGAUCCCGGGAAUUACGAAGAUGCACCCACGGAAGGUAUCCGUCGCAUCCUUGAAUCACUAACGGGGGAGAAAAUACCUCGCGGUCACGUCUUGAAGACAGACAAAAUAGAUUAUAUUCGUCUGUCAACGACGGUGGCAACCAACGCGCUCCUGGAACGCAAGGGGCAUAAACAUGCACUUCUUAUUACCAAAGGCUUCAAGGACCUACUCCUCAUUGGGAAUCAGUCGCGUCCAAAGAUUUUUGACCUCAACAUUCGGAGGCCGGCUCCCCUCUAUUCUACCGUCGUAGAAGUAGACGAAAGAGUGACGUUGGUAGGCUACACAUCGGAUCCCCAGGCUGAGGAACAUGCGAUUCAGUUUGAUGAAGAUGGGAAGGUAAAACAGGGAUAUAGGGGUAAGGGGUGGGAUGGUAUUGGGGAUGCAGAAGGACCUGGCGAUAUAGUGAAAGGGCUAUCAGGCGAAGCCGUCAGGAUCCUCUCGAAGCCUGACCCCGUAAAAAUUAAAGAAGACCUCGAGAAGCUUUAUGCAGACGGAUAUCGUUCUUUGGCUAUUGUCCUCGUACACUCGUACACGUACCCCGACCAUGAGCGACUCGUUGGGCGGCUUGCGCGCGAGAUUGGUUUCAAGCAAGUCUCGGAAUCGUCGGCCCUCCUUCCCAUGAUCAAGAUGGUUCCACGCGGUGUGUCCUCCACGGCAGACGCCUAUCUUACCCCCAUCCUAAGAGAGUAUCUUGAUGGAUUUUUCAACGGUUUUGAUGAGAAAUUGAAAGAUGGAAAGGUCAAGAGCCCCCGUGUGGAAUUUAUGGGCAGUGAUGGCGGUCUGCUUGAUCUACAGAACUUCUCUGGACUGAAGAGUAUUUUGAGCGGGCCGGCUGGCGGUGUUGUGGGGUAUGCACUGACAAGCUGGGAUCCUGAACGAAAGCAGCCGGUGAUCGGCCUCGACGUCGGCGGUACUUCGACAGACGUUUCUCGGUUUGACGGACGCUACGAGGUUGUUUACGAGACUACUACGGCUGGCGUGACAAUUCAAUCGCCACAACUCGACAUCAAUACCGUCGCGGCUGGUGGUGGCUCAUGCUUGACCUUCCGAAACGGGUUAUUUAUGGCCGGACCGGAAAGCGCUGGGGCAGAACCAGGCCCAGUGUGCUACAGAAAGGGGGGCCUUUUGGCUGUUACGGACGCUAACCUCCUGCUUGGGAGACUCAUUCCUGACUACUUCCCAAAGAUCUUUGGCAAAUCAGAGAAGGAGCCUUUAGAUGCUGAUGCUUCUCGUGCAGCGUUUGAACCGCUGGUCAAGGAGAUCAACGCCUCUCAUGAGAACGAACUCAGCUUUGAUGAGGUCGUUUACGGAUUCAUCAAGGUAGCGAACGAGACUAUGUGCCGGCCGAUUCGUGCGCUCACCGAAGCUCGAGGCUAUGCUACUUCAAAACAUGUACUGGCGAGUUUUGGAGGUGCAGGUGGCCAACAUGCUUGCGAAAUCGCCGGUCUGUUAGGAAUCAAGACUAUUCUUAUCCACCGGUAUAGCUCUAUUUUGUCUGCCUACGGGCUUGCGCUCGCUGAUAGAGCGUUUGAACGUCAAGAACCGAGUUCCACUUUCUACAAUGAAGGGAACAAAUCAUUGCUUAUCUCACGGCUGGAUAAGCUGACGGACGAAGUGAAGACUGAGCUCAAGCGACAAGGAUUCGAAGGUGACCGUGUACAUGUUGAAAGAAUGCUUAAUAUGCGUUUCGAGGGCACAGAUACUGCUCUUAUGGUCCUCCCUGAUAUAGAGAAAGACGGACAUGGGGAGGACUACGAGGCUGCAUUCAAGAGAGUAUAUAAAUCGGAAUUUGGGUUUAUUUUGGAGGGUAAAGCCAUAAUCGUCGAUGACAUCAAGGUCCGUGGAAUUGGGAAGACUUUCGACACUCUCGGAGAAUCCGUUUAUAGCGAGAUAGCGAAGCUGAAAUCGAAAAGCAUCGACAAGGCUAAAGCGGACUCGACGCACAGCGUGUAUUUCGAUAAACUUGGUCGGGUGGACGACACUCCUGUGUAUUUGCUGGACAAUCUAGACGUCGGCGAUGCUGUAGAGGGUCCUGCGAUGAUAAUCGACGACACGCAGACUAUCGUUGUGAUUCCAGGGGCGAGAGCAGUUUUGACUAGCAAACAUUUGUAUAUUACCCUCCACUCUUGA